AUGGGCGCCUCCACGAGCCGCUGGCUCGCCGCCGCCGCGGCCCUGCUGCGGUGGCGGGCCGCCCCCGCGCAGAUCGUGGAGUUCCACGACUACCCCGCGCCGCCGCCGCGGUCGCUCGCCUCGGCCUACGCGUUCUUCGUCUACAACUCCAGCGGGGAGGCCCCGGCGGCCCCGGGCACGCCCUACCUGGCGUUCCGGGCCCGGUCCGCCAGCGGUCGCCAGUCGCACCUGGGCGGCUCCGGGCUCCCCACCUACGGCGGGGUGCAGAUCACCGUGCUGAGGCACGCGGAUGUGGGCUGGCUGCUCGACCUCGGCGGGGGGCUGUGCUCGACGCUGGACGACGUGCGGAGGAAGCGGGCCCGGAGCGCGGGCAAGCUGCUCGUCGAGAGGUCGGGGCUCCUCGGCGACGUCAACGGCAGCCUGCACCCGUACGGCGAAGUCUUUCAGCAGAUGGUGCCCUUCGAUGCCACGGCGCCGAGCGACCAGUGGCCCAUCCAGAUGAGCGGCGUCUACCUGCUGCUGGUGUCGAACUGCGGCGACACCCCCGACGCCACCAUCAGCGGGACGGCGAGGGUCCGGCACGCGCACGGCUACCUCCCCGGGAACGAGUUUCCGAAGAAGAUCUUCUACGGCUGGCUCGUCCUUGCGUACGGCGCGGUUGGGGCCGCCUGGGGGAUCCUCUGCGCGCAGUGGUGGAGGGAGCUCUGCCAGAUCCACCUGUGCAUCUCUCUGGUGCUUCUGCUCGGCCUCGGGGAGUCGCUCCUCUGGAGGGCCUUCUAUUGGGAGUGGAACGAGUCGGGCCGGGUCGACGACCGCGCCGCGACGAUCUUCACCGCCGCCAUGCUGUGCACCGUCGCAAAGUCAACCUUGUCGUCCACGCUGGUUUUGGUGGCCUCGCUGGGCUGGGGCGUCACCAGGGCACACCUGGACCGUGGGACUGUGCGCAGAGUCGGCUGGCUGUCCUUCUUGCACAUCUGCUUUUCGUUUGCGCGCGAGAUGGUGCUGUCCUUCCGGCACAGCCACUCAAUCUCGGUCUCAACCGUUCUUGUCAUUUUUGCCCCUGUAUCUCUGAUGAACGUUGUGAUCUUCUGCUGGGUGUUCUCGGCCAUCAGUGGCGUGAUGGAGAAGCUCAGGAAGGAGCAGCAGCUCGAGAAGCUGAGGCUGUACUCCGCGCUCUUCGCAGUCCUCGUGGCGGCGAUAGGCGUGGCCGCGGUUGCGCUGACCGUGGAGAUGCACAGCAUGUGGAGGCCGCCCCAGGAGGUGUGGCAGCACCGGUGGGUCCUCACGGACGCCGUGAGCCACCUGCUCUUCUUGCUGCUGCUGGUCGUGACGAUGUGCCUCUGGGCGCCGAACUCCCAGAGCCGCACGUACGCGUACGCGGAGCAGGUGACCGGCGUGGACCUCGACGACCACCCGCUCGACGCAGGUGGGGCGCGUGCGGAGGUCCUCGGCCGGCGGGCCGGCCCCUGCCUGGGCGAGGAGGAGGGCUCCGGGGAGGAGGCCUGCCUGGCCGAGCCUGCCUCCGAGGCCUGA